CGACUGUUCUGCGUGGUGCAGUGCGUUGCGCCAGAUCGGUGCAAGAAGCCUGUCCAGCGCCAAAACUCGUGAAAGGAGAGCUUGGAAGUUGGAAUCUGGAUGAAAAGGCGCUGAUACAUCAUACAUCUCAGGAGACUUGACUCGUGAGCCUGUAGCGAGGCUUCUCCCUGGGCGUAUCCAUCUUGCGUCUUGUCCGGUGCUUCUGUUGGGCCCUUAAGCGGUCUGAGGAUCUGAGGACGGCUGUUGCACAAGUGAUGGCAUCAAGUACUGCGUGCGUGCAUAGUAUAAGUGGAUUAAGUUUUGGCACAGGGUUCGGUAAUGCUGCAGAGCACAGCCGGCGCGAGCUGUAUGCAGAGCGCAGGCUAGCUCCCCGCUGCCAACCUUUGCCUGCUGCAACGCCAGCGUCAUGCAGGCUUGCCAGCAGCUGCAGCAGCUUUGGAGGUGGCAGCACCCCCUUGCGGUGGCAGGCCCCGCCCAGAUCUAGCAGCCAACACGGGCGGCACCGAGGUCGGCGGCUCUCUGUCAGGGCAGCCAAGGACUACUAUGAGGAGCUGGGGGUUAGCAAGACAGCGGAGAAAGCGGAGAUUAAGAGUGCGUACCGGCGGCUGGCGCGCAAGUACCACCCAGACGUGAACAAGGAGAAAGGCGCAGAGGAGCGCUUCAAGGCCAUCAGUAAUGCAUACGAGGUGCUUUCCGAUGAUGAGAAGCGCGGCAUCUACGACAAGUUUGGGGAGGCUGGCCUCAAGGGGGGGGCCGGAGGCGGGCCAGGCAUGGACUUUGAGAGUCCGUUUGACAUCUUUGAGACGUUCUUUGGCGGAGGGAUGGGCGGGCGCGGCCGCGGUGGUGCGCGCGCCGGCCCGACCAUGGGCGACGACGAGCGGCUGGACAUCACGAUCGACUUCAAGGACGCCGUGUUCGGGACGACCAAGGACGUGGACGUGAGCCGCCUCGAGGUGUGCGCCACCUGCAGCGGCAGCGGGGCCAAGCCGGGGACCACCCCGCGCACGUGCGCCACGUGUGGCGGGCAGGGCCAGGUCAUGUCGGUGGCGCAGACGCCGCUCGGCAACUUCCAGCAGGUGUCCACGUGCCCCACCUGCUCCGGGUCAGGCGAGCAAGUGGACCCGUGCGGGACGUGCAGCGGCGACGGCCGUGUGCGGCGCAAGAAGUCGCUGAGCCUCAAGAUCCCGGCCGGGGUCGACACGGACAGCCGGCUGCGCGUGCGCGGGGAGGGCAACGCGGGGCGCAAGGGCGGCCCCGCGGGCGACCUGUACGUGUUCAUCCGGGUGAAGGCCGACCCGGAGCUGCGGCGCGACGGCAGCAACGUGCUGGUGUCCGCCAAGAUCAGCUACCUGGACGCCAUCCUGGGGACCACCGUCAAGGUCAAGACCGUGGACGGGCCCGUCGAACUCAAGAUCCCCGCAGGCACCCAGCCGGCCACGACGCUGGUGAUGUCCAAGCGCGGCAUCCCGCAGCUGAACCAGCCCAGCCUGCGCGGCGACCAGCUGGUGCGCGUGCAGGUCGAGAUCCCCAAGCGGCUCUCCCCCGAGGAGCGCAAGCUGGUCGAGGAGCUGCGCGACAUCAACAAGGUCGCAGUGGCGCGGUAGGAAGAAGGGGCGCGGGCGCUAGGAAAGAGGUCCCGCUGUUCACAAAGUCAAACGGUAUCGAGGUAAGCACUCGCGCGAGUGCAGUGCAUGAGUGGAACCUACAGCUUUGGAAAGCAGUAUCGGGGGUCGACAUUGAACCGUUCGUUAGACCGUUUGUAUAUGGUGACCACACAAGUGAUUGAUGAUCCAAAGAUUCAUUUGGAUGCAUCAUAUGUCGCCUUCAUAUUUCCGCACGUAUGGGGGGAAGGCUUAUGAGUCAUGUGAAGUCUUUAUGCUACUGUUCUGCUGGUUGUCUCCAGCUUGAUUUUUUCAUAGGAGAUGGCGGACAUCGAGUUGAGAAAGUCACAGCAAUUGGUGGCAACAACAAGCCAACCUCAUAUUUGCAAAUACGGUUAGGUUGCGGGUGGUCAAU